CGUCGCCCGUCUAUAAGUCGGAUUCGUCGCCUCGGGGAGCAUCAACUUCGUUCAACUUCGAUUGCCUCACCGACGGCGAAGUUUGGUAGCAGCCAUGGGUCCCUGCAGCUCUCCUCGGCUCCAGCACUACGCCUUGCAGUUGCGACCGCUGCUCUCGCAAAGGCUCUUUCCCGUCAAUCUUGCCUCGCUGAGAUGUUCACAUUCCAGUGCAAAAAACACGGGCCCAUUGCGGGGAGUGAGAAUUCUAGAUCUGUCGAGGGUGUUGGCUGGUCCUUUCUGUACUCAGAUACUGGCCGACUACGGUGCCGAUGUCAUCAAGAUUGAGCAGCGGUCCAUCGGUGACGAUACGAGGUCCUGGCGAACCGACGGCGAGCACAAACUCUGGAAGGGUGCCAACAAGGAGCUUUCGGCCUACUUUUCCACCAUUAAUCGCAACAAGCGCUCCGUCACGUUGGAUUUGAAGAGCCACAAGGGCCAGCACAUCUUGCUCGACCUCGUCAAACGAGCUGAUGUCGUUAUUGAUAACUUCGUGCCGGGCAAGCUGGAUGAGCUGAAUAUUGGCUACGAGCGCCUCCGGCAGGCCAAUCCCACAGUCAUCCACGCCAGCAUAUCAGGAUACGGACAAACGGGCCCAUAUGCUCAUCGUGCCGGGUACGAUGUCAUUGCCGCCGCAGAGGGCGGGCUCUUGCACAUCACAGGCGAGCCAUCCGGCAGGCCGAUGAAGCCCGGCGUGGGGCUGACGGACAUGUGCACCGGCCUAUACAUGCACGGCGCCAUCCUCGCGGCGCUGCGCUCUCGAGACGUCACGGGCCAGGGCCAGCGGGUCGACACGUCCCUGUUCGAGACGCAGGUGUCGCUGCUCGCCAACGUGGCCAUGUCGUGGCUCAACUGCGGGCAGGAGGCGCGCCGCUGGGGCACGGGACACCCGAGCAUCGUGCCGUACGACUGCUUCCGCACGGCCGACUCGUGGUUCGUCGUCGGCGCGGUAAACGACCGCCAGUUUCGAAAGCUCUGCGGGCUGUUGGGCAGGGCGGCGUUGGGCGAGGAUGAGAGGUUCCUGACCAACGAUGCCAGGGUGCGCAACCGGCGCGAGCUCAACGGUUUGCUGGACGGCCUCUUCUCAGAACGGUCGACGAGCGACUGGUUUGCUGCGUUUGAGGGAAGUGGCAUGCCGUAUGGGCCCAUCAACACCAUGGAAAAGGUGUUUGAGCAUCCGCAGACUUUGGCCCGGGGCAUGGUGGAGACAGUCUGCGAUGAUUCGGCUGUCUCGGGAGAGAUCAAGGUUCUCGGCAUCCCCGUCAAGUUCAGUCAGGACAAACCGUCGGUUCGGUCCAGGGCACCACGACUUGGGGAGCAUACAGACGACGUGUUGCGGGAGAUUGGGUUUGAUGCCAACGGUAUUUCAGAGUUGCGGUGCGAGAAGGUCGUAUAG